AUGGAACCAUCCUUUUCCCCUGAAGACGAUAACGUUCUAAUUUAUCGAGCCACAUCUGUGCCCGGUUAUGAAUCAGAUAAAGUACAGUUGAAACUAUAUAGUAAUGGCACAAUAUCAACAUUGUUACCGGACUGGAGCUUGAGUAUUGGAACCGUUACAUGGUCAAAUGAUGGACAAUCUGUUUAUAUGGAAGUCGGGGAAAAAGCUCGCAAUGUUAUCUACUACUAUCAGAAUAUUUCGUACACUCAACCACCUGCACUGCGCAACCUGACAAAAUUAGGAAGCGCUCAUGAAGUGUGUGUUCAUCCAGAAUUGCCGGAUAUUUUCAUCUUCACCUGGUCAUCCAUCAUUCAUCCCACGGAAAUAUACAUUUAUAGAAAUUCGGCAUCAGUACCAUUAAGCUUUUAUAAUUCGGAUCUCUUGCAAAAAGUUCACUUAGGUACAUAUAACGAAUUUUCUUUUGAAUCAAAUAAUGAUACUGUUUAUGGAUGGCAUGUACAGCCGACAACUGCUCUUGCGAGAAACGUUCCUGCGGCUUCACCGUUGGCCUUUCUCAUUCAUGGUGGUCCUCAAAGUUCAUGGUACGAUGCAUGGAGUUUUCGAUGGAAUUUUCAAUCUUUUGCCGGAGCAGGAUACGCUGUGAUCGCUAUCAAUUUUCAUGGUUCAGAUUCAUAUGGACAAAAUUUUACAGAUUCUAUUACCCAUAAUUAUGGUUCACUGCCAUACGAGGAUCUAAGAGACGGUUUAACAGCAGCAUUAGAUCAAUUUUCUUAUAUUGACGGAAGUCGUGCAAUUGCUUUAGGAGCAAGUUAUGGUGGGUACAUGAUCAAUUGGAUAGCCGGACAAACGGAAAUGAACAAACGCUUCUUAGGUCUCGUAUGCCAUGAUGGAAUGAGUGAUAUGCGGUCAUUCUACUAUGCAACGGAAGAAUUAUGGUUUCCUGAACACGAUAUUGGUGGAAAAGAGUGGGAAAAUCCAGAUGCUUACGAUAAAUUCAAUCCUAUUAAAUAUGUUAAAAAUUGGGUUACACCCAUGUUGAUCAUUCAAGGUGGUAAAGAUUAUCGAGUUACAGACACACAGUCGAUCAGUGUGUUCACUGCUCUACAACGAAAAGGUAUCCAAAGUAAAAUGAUAUACUUUCCUCAGGAAAAUCAUUGGACUCUAAAGGCUGUGAAUUCAGCUUUUUGGUAUGAAACAGUUAUAAGUUGGAUGAAUUCGUUUACAAAGAAAUGA